AUGUCGUCUUUGCCAGGAACGGUCCCGCGGAUGAUGCGCCCUGCUCCGGGCCAGAACUAUCCGCGCACAGGAUUCCCUCUGGAAGUGUCCACUCCUCUGGGCCAGGGACGGGUCAACCAGCUCGGAGGGGUCUUCAUUAACGGCCGGCCGCUGCCCAACCACAUCCGACACAAGAUCGUGGAGAUGGCCCAUCACGGGAUCCGGCCCUGCGUCAUCUCCCGCCAGCUGCGGGUCUCUCACGGCUGCGUCUCCAAGAUCCUCUGCCGCUACCAGGAGACCGGCUCCAUCCGGCCCGGGGCCAUAGGAGGCAGCAAGCCCAGGCAGGUGGCCACGCCGGACGUGGAGAAGCGGAUAGAGGAGUACAAGCGGGACAACCCCGGCAUGUUCAGCUGGGAGAUCCGGGAUAAGCUGCUGAAGGACGGGGUGUGUGACAGAAGCACAGUCCCUUCAGGUGAGGCCUCCUCUGUGAGUUCGAUCAGCCGUGUACUUCGAGCUCGAUUUGGAAAAAAGGACGACGACGACGAGUGUGAUAAAAAGGAUGAAGAUGGAGAAAAGAAAACCAAACACAGCAUCGACGGCAUCCUCGGCGACAAAGGCAGUCGGAUGGAUGAAGUGUCAGAUGUGGAGUCAGAGCCUGACCUCCCCCUGAAGAGGAAGCAGCGUAGGAGCCGGACCACGUUCACAGCAGAGCAGCUGGAGGAGCUCGAGAAGGCUUUUGAGAGAACCCACUACCCCGACAUCUACACCAGGGAGGAACUGGCCCAGAGGACUAAACUCACUGAGGCCAGGGUCCAGGUGUGGUUCAGCAAUCGAAGGGCCAGGUGGAGGAAACAAGCAGGAGCCAAUCAGCUAGCAGCAUUCAACCACCUGUUGCCAGGUGGAUUUCCUCCCACAGGGAUGCCAACACUUCCUACAUACCAGCUGCCAGAGUCCAGCUACCCAACCAACACUCUGCCCCAAGAUGGUGGUGGUACAGUUCACCGUCCCCAGCCAUUACCUCCGUCCACCAUGCACCAGAGCGGUCUCUCCAGCACAGACAGCAGCGCUGCCUAUGGUCUGGCCUCCAACCGCCACAGCUUUUCCAGCUACUCCGAAACCUUCAUGAGCUCUGCAGCACCUAGCAACCAUGUCAACCCUGUAAGCAAUGGACUCUCCCCACAGGUGAUGAGCAUCCUGAGUAACCCCAGCGGUGUUUCCUCACAGACACAACAUGACUUCUCCAUCUCACCACUCCACAGCGCCUUGGACUCCUCUCCGUCCAAUGUCAUCUCAGCCAGCUGCAGCCAGCGUUCAGCUGAGUCCUCCAUUAAGACAGUGGACAGCCUUCCGUCAUCCCAGUCCUACUGCCCCCCGACAUACAGCACCACUAGCUACAGCAUGGACCCAGCUGUGGCUGCUGCUGGCUACCAGUACAGUCAGUAUGGCCAGACUGCUGUGGAUUAUCUGGCGAAGAACGUCGGCCUGUCCAGUCAGCGCAGGAUGAAGCUGGCCGAUCACUCGGCCGUACUGGGACUGCUGCAGGUCGAGACUGGCCAGGCCUACUAG